AUCCUCAGAUUUACUCCACAAGUUUAUUUCAGCUAAUUCCGUCUCAUUCAAAUGGGCCAACAUCUGGUCAUCCAGUGCGUGCUCAAUGGAGGAGCGAGGCCUCCGUGCAGGAGCCUGGGCAUAAGACAGGACGCUGAGCGACGCUGAGCAGACGUUUCCAGGCCAGUAGGACAGCCCUAGUCGACCUGUCUCCUCAGAGCCACCUUGCGUGGCGUUCUCUUGUUGAUGCAAAUCGUUGAAAGGUAGCGUUCGGCCUUCGAAGCAGCAAUCAUGAAGAAUUCCACCGUCAUGAUAACCGUGUGCGGUCGUCCGGUGAUGAUCUCUCGUCUGGUACCGAGUGGCCGCAAUGCGCUGGUUUUGCUGGCCUUGUUCGCUGCCAUCUGUGGCAUGUCGGUUUCGGGCUUCCUGUAUUCAUUCAAUUCAUUCGCGGAUGCCUUGAAGGAGCAGCUGAGCUUCACUCAGACACAAGUUGAGUGGAUCUCGUCCGUUGCCAACAUCGGAUCAUGUAUCGGCAUAACGGCUGGCUUGUUCAUGCAGCGGUUUGGUGCCAAAAUCACCGUCUGUGUGGCGGCAUUGCUGAGCUUUGCUGGCUUUUUCGUUGUGGCAGCAUCCAUUGAGCAUCGCAUCCCGACACACUUCUCGCUGAUGUGCAUCUACUUCUUUGUUAUGGGUCAAGGUGGUAUCUUCACGUACAUGGCAUGCAUGAUGACGACGGCCGUCAACUUCUCGCCUGCUGUGCGUGGCACUGUGAUCGGUCUUGUUGACUCGAUGUACGGCGGCAGCGCUGCAGUCUUCAGCACCAUCUACACGCAGACCUACGGCGCAUCGAGUGUGGCGCGCGAGCAGGACGUUGCCGGGUUCUUCUAUGCUGGCGCGGCGAUCAUGGCUGCCGUGAACCUGUUCCUGUUCGUUGCUCUGCUUUGGAUGCCCUGGAAGGCCGCUGCAGACAAGCCAAACCAUAACGGUUCUGACGCAGGGAGCUUUGAUGCGGCCAGUUAUGAAAACAGUAGUGACAUGGAGAAGAGCGACAGUUUCUCAGUUGGCAGUGGCCAGGAAAGUGUUAGUGAUCAGCGUGCACACACUCCAGCUCUUGGCUCUCCAUCUCUGCAGGCAUCUGCUCCGCAUGUUGGCUCACCAUCACAGCAUUCCCAGGGCCGAUCACAUCAGCCACCAAUGCCCAGUCAGAGAGUUGAUAGCGAAGAUGUCAUCGAGCCAGUGCUGGAGACAGACUCUCUUCUCGCUUCGUCCACUGCAGAAAGCAGUGAGUGUCUUGACAAAAGCAAGCAGCCUGAUCUUAAUACCCUGCAGUUGUUCCUCAACGUGAACUUUCAGCUUCUUUUCUGGGCAUUUGCUCUAGCAACUGGAGUUGGCCUGAUGUUUAUGAGCAACGUUCUAUUCUUCCUCAAGGCAUACGGUCUGGAAGAUGACAGGAAUCGCAAACUAUUCACCACGCUACUGCCAGUCUGCAGCCUUGUGUCGCGGUUUCUCAGCGGCAUUGUGUCGGACGCAAUGCACGCACGGUUCAUACCCCGCUCGCUGCUGCUUCUCGUUGCUUCAGCAGCACUGCUUGUUGCCCAGGCGCUGCUUCUCGUGCAGCCGGAUAGUCUACGCGUGCUGUUGGUCAACACCACCUGUGUUGGUAUAUCGUAUGGCAGUAUGUGGUGUCUCGUUCCGACGAUCAUGACGCACAUUGGCGGCUUGAAGUAUUUCGGCCAGAACUGGGGCAUUGUGAUGCUCAGCUCGGCACUGGCUGGCAUGGCUUACCAGGAACUGUACGGUAAAGUGUACGAUGAUCAUGUCCAUGCCCCUACUUUGCCACCGGGCGCCUCUCCACGGCCGGAUGCCGGACCCGCGCCGACAGAGUCGACGUGCUACGGCAGCCGGUGUUUUGCCGUGACAACGUACGUGAGUGUUGCGUCCUGCGCCCUAUCCUUUCUCAUGGUCCUGCUACUGUUUGUGCGUGACUUCAGGACAUUGCGCAAGGAGAAGAAGAGCAAGCUCUCUACCGGAAAGUAAACCAGUCGGCUGUGAUUUUCAGCUAGUAGUGUGUACAAGUACUGAGCACUGGCCUUCAGUUCCUGUAGAGGUUUAGUGUCGUACACCAUGGCCAGUGCAUGGAUUGUGAUUAUACCUCCCUAGACCCGAGCAUCACACUGUGUUCAAGGUUGCAGUACUGUGUGCAUAGAGUCCUAUUCAUGCAGUCAGCUGCUGAAACGCAAGUAUUAUUUUUCGUACUCAAAGUAAUAAGAGUAAGUUGAAGCCUCUUGAAUUACUCUGGGAGGUGUUUUGGUGCGAUAGGCUGUCAGCAGCCGGCACUGGCAACUGUUUCUCAUCCCUGAAGGACCUUUUUAAUCUCCGGCCCUGUGAGUCAAGCGGUGACUGAACCCACUCAAUGUAAUUACUUCAUCCACUGUUGCUUUGUGGUACUGACAUAUUAGUCAUGGCCAAUGCAUGCAUGCAACCCACGGAGGAAAGGGUCAAACUGAACACUGAGGGUUACCAUUAGGUUUCAUAAACCGUGAAAGGUGCAUUAUAAACAAAUUCUGCUCACACACUGACGUUCAUGAUUGAUUAUCCUGCUCGUUUUUGUGGUCCAAGCUCGAAAGUUGUAUUGUGCAGUUUGGACCUGUCGUUGACUGCGAUUACACGUGUGUUCAUUACACCACUGAGCUCCUAGUAGGCGGGAACUGAGUUGAAACGUCACUGUCUUAGUUCCCGAUUUUGAAUGAGCCUUUCUACGUUGAGCACUAACUUACUUAGCUCAAGGCUAGCUACAUGUAACAGAUCAGACUGCACCCAUGCCUAUAGUAUACUCUCAGUUUUUUCUUCAGUUCUUCAUUUUUGACAUCUUGAAGCUGGCCUAUUGCUGGUUGAACCGGCAGCUGGCAUGAUGGAGUUGUCUCAUGAAACCCCGUCGACGCCACUAGGCUGGCCCGGUCUAUUUGACAGUCACGGUUCGGUUUAUUUUGAUGCUUGAACUUGAAGGAUCUAAACUGGUACAUGCUUUAAAAUACAUGACUAUUUUCGUUAUGUAGCAUUGUUCUGCCAUAUUUUACGAGUUUACCGGUAUCAUUGAAUUUUUAGUAUUUUACGUACUUGACGGAGCCUGGUGAGUGACAGCUCGAGGGAGUGACAGCGGCUCGAGAGAGUGCUCGAUAUUAUGAUUUACUCAGAUUUAGGCAUGAUUAUGUAGAUUUAGCCGCGCCUGAUGAUGCGGUAUGUUGCCAGUGGUGAUUGGACUUUGAUAUUUUUGGCCGGGCCGAUCAUUUUUUUCACUUUAAAA